AUGAAUCCAAUCGCGUCUAUCUUGACCUGCCUUACAGGCAAAGGCCCCUCACCUCAAUCAUCCCCUCCAGUUCGUGAGAUGAGCAACGAAAAGACCCUCAUCACCUCCCAGCCAGUUCCCUACUCCGACAACGCCGCCGAUCAAUUCGUCGAUAUCCUAAGCACUCACGAAGGUUCCAAAGAAGAACUUCACCAUCGUCUCAAGCAAGUUAUUUCCACCAACGGCUGGACCGAGAGCCUCGCCGAGGCAGUCGAACGCAAGAUCGAGAAGUUACUCCACGACGGUGCAGAGUUGGCCAAGCCCAUGGCUGAAGCUGUCAAAAAGGCUACAGAGAUAGCUUGGCAGUUUGCGAAAGAACAUCCUGUCUAUGCUGCUCUUAUUGCAGCGGGGACGAUUAUUGCUAUUGCGGUUUUGGUUGAGUUUGAUCUCAUUUGGAUGUUGAGGGCGUUGGGCUUUGAUUCAGUUGGGCCUAGAGUUGGGAGUUUUGCGGCAAGAUGGAUGAGCAAGAUUGGACAGGUCCCCAAAGGGUCGAUUUACUCUUACCUUCAGAGGCUGGGGAUGAAGAUUGCAAAGUGA